UGGGCGUACGGGGUCGCGGGUGUGCGUGCGUGUCGUGUGGGAGCCGGCAAAUAUCGGCGGUCUGUGCGCUCGUCUCUCGCCGAUGCCGAAGCCGGACUGCGCCUUGACAAUUCGCUACUUCUAUCGACUCACGAUCCAUCUGCCAUCCACAACGAUGGACGGCGCCACGCCUGUCGGCAGGGUUUCGCGAGCAUCGAAUAGCCGCGGAAGUCCCCAAGCAUGGCCGGCAGCUUCUUCGUCGUCGUCCUCUGCCAUCGCUCGUAGUCUCAACUCCUCAACUGGUCGCUCCUCCUCGCGCGGCCGCCGCGAAAUCGAGGCAGAGCAGUGGUACACCGGCUCAACGUACGACUACACAAAUCCAGACCAGAUUAGCGACUGGCUGAAAUGUGCUAUAUGCCUCGGCCCCUUCGUCGAGCCGUGCUCGUCCUCAACAUGCUCUCACACAUUUUGCAGGCAUUGCAUCACGCAGCACCACAAGACGCUGGCACAAGUCUCUGCUGCCGGUCCCUCGUCUGGCAUGGACGACAUGCCGCUGCCCUGCCCCUCAUGCCGAACUUUGAGCAAGCUGUCAUCCUUUGCGGCCACCUCCCCACCCCUGCUCAAGGGGCUUGUCGAUAGUCUCGAGGUGUUCUGUCCUGCGUUCGACAAGGGCUGCAACUGGACCGGCGAGAGAUCUAUGCUGGGCUACCACUUGAGAAAAGACUGCCAGUGGGCAGGAGCGACGGAAGGACGGGUCAAAGGCGAGGAUGAAAUCUCUUCUGUGGAGUGCAGCCACUGCCAGGAAACAAUGGCACCUAACGAUAUGAGCAACCAUCUCGACAAGGAUUGCGCGGAGAAGAUCGUUUCCUGCACCAUGGCCAUCUAUGGCUGCUCAUGGAAAGGUCCACGAGCAGCUCUGUCACGUGAAGAGGACGAAAUUCAGACAUCACAAGCCCACAGAUGCUCUCUGCUACCCCUCCGCCCGUUCCUCGAAGCAACACAGGCCCGUCUACAGGCCCUCGAGGACGACAAUAGCGCGCUUCGUAGAGAAGCCGAAGACGCAAGAAGAGCGCAGCAGGAGAGUCAGGAGCAGCUGCGUGCGUGUGUGCAAGCAUUGGGCAAGUGGGUGGGCGGCAAUGAGGCGGCAGAGAGCUUCCAAGCAACGCGAGGUCGAAGGACAUCUGAUCUACCGGCUCGCGGCGAGGACGGAAUCGAAUGGCCCUUUGAGAACGAGAUUGCGGAUGACGCACUCGAGGAAGAUCUGGAGGCAGGGCUCCAAAGAACCAGAAGCGCAUCAUCGACAUCGUCGACGCAGGCGAGUGGCUCACAAGCACGUCCGCCUCGCCGCAGCAGCAAUCAUGCCGUCCUCCCCUCGUGCUCCCGCCUCGAGAGCACCAUUGGCUCCCUGUCGGCCACAACAUCGACGCUCUCUACGCAACAACGGGACCUCUCCCAGCUCGUACACGACAGUCGCAGAGAGUCAGCGAUGGCGGCAAUGGAGGUGGCGAGACUGGCCGAUGAGAUGACCGGGUUUAGGAUUGCGCUGCACAAUGUGGCUAGGCACGUACAGGGUAGGGGCGCCGGUGUGGCCUCACCGCUACGGACACCUGUGUCGUCGGCGGCGGCGGCUGCGCAAGGGAGCAAGCAUGACCCUAGUGGAAGCGCUCAGGCCGAGCAAGCUGCGAAGGCAACAGGACCCACGGUUCCUCCUCCCGCAACAGAACCUGGAGCCGCGGCUGCAGCGUCACCUCUUGCCGGCGGCGGCGGGCCGCUUCACCACCACCAUUACUACAUUCCGCAUCACCAGCACCCCUCACACCACCUUCAUCCCCUAGACAUGCCCAUGGGCAUCCCUUUCUACGGACCUCUGCCCUACGGUGCCGGCCACGAUGUCAGGUCCCCGCCAGGUGCACAUCCGCUCUCGAUGCCUGGCUACGCGUCUCACCCAGGCAUGCGCCGCUACUGGUCGGGCUUUGAGCAGACAAAGUUGUAGAGUGGGCCGAUGAUGAAUUGUCGAUGAUAUGAUGAGAUG